AAUCAAUUGAUCUUGUGCCUGUACUCUUUCGUCCUUGGUUACUUACGAGCCACGUCUCAACUGUUUUCAAUCUGCGGCCAAUUGGCAUCCCCAGUCAGACCUUGAGCAGCCAGUACUUGCGGAUAAGCUCAAUUGUACGGAAUUCUCGUACCUGCAUUUCCUAGACAGUCGAAUUUAUGUCGCUUCGAUCUGAAAUAAAUCUGUACCUGUGUUCCUGCUCUUCCCAUCUUGAGACACAUGAUGAUUUUGGCACUUCUGUGGAACUGACGUGUUAUUCUCCUAGAACCAGUCAACAUGCCUCUCCUCUUCCCCACCCAAGGUACCCUACACGAUGUCUUUCAUCCCGCCCUACCUUUUGAUCGUCGAGAAACCUGCUUCGCAAGUGCUCUUCCUCACAAGCGAACUCCUCUCGAGGCGCGUGCUGAACUCUAUCCUACAUGGAGUGCCAUCGACGAUGCCAAGAACAAGGCAAAUGCUUUGAGUGCAGAGGCGGCGAAGGAGUUUGAGAAGGCGAGCGCAAAGGCACAAGCGAAAGCUGGAACCAUCGAGCUCUACUCCGCGAAAUACUAUGCUGCCUGUACUUUUGGCGGAUUGUUGGCCUGCGGUCUUACACAUACUGCCGUCACACCUCUUGAUCUGGUCAAAUGUCGUCGACAGGUCGACUCAAAGAUGUACUCUGGCAAUUUCCAGGCUUGGGGAAAGAUCUAUCGAGCGGAAGGGUUCCGUGGUGUCUUCACCGGAUGGUCGCCCACCUUUGCAGGCUAUAGCUUCCAAGGAGCCUUCAAAUAUGGAGGCUACGAGUUUUUCAAGAAGUACUACUCUGAUCUAGCUGGGGCAGAGAAUGCGGCGAAGUACAAGACGGCUCUUUAUCUCUCAGCAAGUGCCUCUGCUGAGUUCAUUGCCGAUGUUGCUCUAUGCCCCUUCGAGGCUGUCAAAGUCCGCAUGCAAACAACUAUCCCGCCAUUCGCCAAAGGUACAUUUGAUGGAAUCAGCACAGUCACUGGUAAGGAGGGGUUCGCCGGACUCUACAAGGGAUUGUACCCGCUAUGGGGUCGCCAAAUUCCCUAUACUAUGAUGAAGUUCGCCUCCUUUGAAACCAUCGUCGAGAUGAUCUACGAUCGCCUCCCCGCUCAAAAAUCCGACUACGGCAAGGGAGCUCAGACUGCUGUUUCCUUCACAGGUGGUUACCUUGCUGGUAUUCUUUGCGCUAUUGUCAGUCAUCCUGCUGAUGUCAUGGUUUCCAAACUGAACGCGAAUCGUCAACCUGGAGAAGCUUUCGGCGCUGCUAUGGGAAGAAUUUACAAGGACAUCGGAUUCUCAGGUCUCUGGAACGGUCUGCCUGUCAGGAUUGUCAUGAUUGGCACGCUCACUGGUCUACAGUGGAUGAUCUACGACUAUUUCAAGAUAUUCAUGGGCCUUCCUACCACAGGAGGAGCCGCUCCCCCAAAGCAGGAGAAGGCCUAAGGAAAUACUCUGUGACGACUAGGUCGACUAAGGACGGAGCAGUUACGGCAGUUUUGUUCACUUGAUGUACAUACCAGAAGCAGUGUAAACCCACUUGAAUGAUUCUUUCCACUCACCUUGGAAGUUCCUGGGAUGGAGACUUUGGAUGUCAUUUACCACUUGCUCAAUCCUCGGGCUAAAGCUAGCGAGAGUUUUAUUGACAUUGAGUGCUCUGGGUUGUCUUGUGACAUUGAAACCGAUUUAUACAGUUUCUACACGAUUCUGAACCACAGAUGAUUAUUGCUGUGCGGGACAUCAGAACCCUUCCAAUCCCCUGACCAGCCCUUAUCUCAGCACACCUUCACAUCCUUACACCCCCCAAAAGUCCAUCCCUGGCACGAUCCUCUAUCCUCUCCUCCCCACGGCACCAGUACCAACAAUCGAAGCCUCAAACCAGGCCUCGAUACACUGCCCCAGUACAUCUCAGAUUUACACUGGCAAAGGGACAUGCUCACAGGCCCUUGGCAUCGUCUCUUCAUCAAGGGAGGACUCGAUGGUUGGCUUACACGGGUAUGGUGAAGAAGCUGCGAAAAGUGAGGAAAGUGUUGAGAGCGAUAUCAUGGAGCGAGAAGCGAGUGGAUCGAGUGUGCAGUAGAGGCUUCCGGAUGGUGUGGCUAUGGAGGUGUGGUGGGGACGGUAGCGUGGGAGGAGGUUUGGGGUUGGGUGUGGAAGCAGGAGUUGUGGAGAAAUAUGGAUUUGGUUGUGGGAGUGGUGAGUCUGGCAUUUUGGCGAUUGUCUUCUUUUUGAUAUUCUGUUACACUUCGAGGAGUUAUGAGCAGACUAAAGUACUUUGGACAGCUCCUGAGCAGUUCAAUCUAGGUGCUAUACUUGGAAGGCCUCAUCCGUCGGCUGUAUUGUCUAUCUCUUAUGUUGUUAUUAAGCUCACGAUUUCCGGAUUCGUUAAGCAAGUAGACAGUCAGCCAAAUCAUUCACAACGAAAGCUUUAGUCGCCAUUUCAUUUCACUUCAAACAGUCUCGACCUUCCUACGUACCCAAACCGACUAAAACCUGGCAUACAAUCUAAAGGGAAGUUCCCAAUCUCUCUCCUAUUCAUACGCCCAACCCGAAGGUCUCGUCUCCCCAGGCAUAAUAGUCCACAACGUCCUCCUCCCAUCCCUCUCCAUCGUCACCGCCCACCUUCCACCAGGGGGUAGCGAACCUGGACCCGGAUACCCAUCUUCCUGAAAAAGCAUUCCCUGGUGCGUUAUCAAUGGCUGCUGGGGCUGCGGCUGGACGUGGAUCUGUACGUGGUAAGGAGGGCACGUGGGGAUGUAGGGAAGAACAGGCUGGGUAGGACCAGGGAGUAAAUGUGGUUGGUAGAGAGGGUAUUGGUAAGGGAUGGGGCCGAAGUAUGGGCCGGCAGGGAGG